UAUUACAAGGCACACCAUCGAGUCCCAAGCCCCGCGCAGUGCUCAGAAUGCCAACCGGUAACAUGCUGGCGCGGAGCGCACACGCAAUCUACGAUUACACAUCGCGGUCUGACGGGUUGACUGACAAAAGGCCUCGAUUUCCACUGCGGGUCUCGCUAAAUAAGAUUCAGGUCUUGAAGAACACCGACAACUGAACGGGCUUAUGGUUUGUAGGCAUCGGCGUUCCCUUGCCGUCUACUCUCUGCAAACCUUUGCCGCCGUUGUCAAACGAACUGGGCCGACUGCGGUGCGUAAGUGUACGGAUUCCUCAGGAGCUUUUUAAGCACUGUAGUCGCAAGCCUGAAGAAACCUGUACAUAGAGAGGAGACAGUGAGAAGCAGUUACAGUUUAGAGGUGGGCGGAAAAAUCCAGAAGAAUAUUCCGGGUAAAACCCACCAAAUCAGGUAUAGGGACUGAAAACCCAAUCCACUUAGACCAAGCCAGGAAUCGAACUCGGACCGCAGAGGUGGAAGGCCAGGAAAGUAGAAACUGUACCAACCUGACUCCCUGGUUGUCCAUCUUAUUGAGAACCCACGAAACCCAGGUUUGUCAAGGUUUUAUAUGGUAAUCAUGUGUUCUACUCUUGCAUCCGUUUGCGGACUGCUCUCACAAGUCACCCGACAAUUUUCUAACACACUGAUGCUGGUGUUUACGCUAGUGCUCUGCCUCGCCAGUGUAAUAGAAGGAGGGAUGCCCGCAGCGCCCAGAAACCUGACCCUGGUUGGGCAGGUUUUGUCGAAGCAGGUAAAGAUCAGCUGGGUCCCUGGCAACCCGCGAGACAACCUGACGGACUACGUCAUCGUCAACCGGGCACAAGGGAGCGACACCAUGACAGUCUCCCGCAUCGACCCGGAGUACACUUUCUAUACGCUAAAGGAUCUGAAAGAAGAAACUUCGUAUAUCGUGUACGUGAAAGCCGCAGUAGGCAACGUGCGUAGCUUGAGCAGCGUCAUGCUGGAAUUUCGAACACCUAGAACAGAGGGCCUGCAUCGCACUUUCACCACCAGCGCAGCCGACCUCGUCAUCGUUGUCAUGGUAUUGGCUCUCUGGCUUGCCGCCCUCUCUCUAUUCGUUCGCACCUGGCGGAAAAAGAUGAGCGGUGCCGCAACCUCAACCGGCGGCACUGGCACGCCCUUAGCCAUGCGCCUGCGCAGCCGGUACCGAAAGCCCUGGAUGUGGUCCCAGAAGUACCGGCCGGGCCGUGCCUACCCAGCCACGUGACCUGAUGACUAAAGCAACCAUUUACUUCUUGAGAUUAGGCAAGACGACCAGGGUCUGCUGGACGUUGAAGACAUCGCGCAGUUGGACGCUCGGAAACGCGUCUAUUCGCUGGUCACUGUCCUUGUCCUGUGGGUGUUCUUGGUGGCACUGUGUGUGAAAUACGGGGGCUUGGUGAGACAGCUUAGGGUGCACGUCUUCAGGGGGCAGGUCACUCCGAUGGAGGUCGACAGUGAAGGCUCCCUUGUCGAGAAAGAACUAUGACUCAGCGAUCGAAGGAAACAACAGCUUUGGUGUGUUAUCGGUGGCUCCUCAACCCUUUUGUAGCUUCUAUUCUGAACUAAAUCGAACAACUGUCCGGCUUUCCCCAUUUUACCCUGUGUCAACUUACAACCUCCUUAAAGUUACAAUGCCGAAGUGCAUGUGAAAGCAGGCAACCUUUGUGAAUACAGUAGAUCUAUGAAUAAGGACGUCACGCUUUGUUUACACAUGCUUUUUCCUAUGGCAUUGACUUGGGACGCAAUCCGUCGAGUCCCCAUAGGAAAACGUCACAUGCAAACAAAGCGUGACGUCGUUAUAUUUAAGGUAUAAUUUUUUUACGGCUACUUUCUCUCUUGCUUCUUUAAAUAAUUCAGACAAUCCAACAUAUUAGAUAUUUUCUGUAUCGAAACGUAUUUCAUCACUCUUUGAAAGGUGAACCAUCACGAUGUAGUCAAAGUAUGUACUCUUCAGCCUUUCCACUGUGAGGAAAACCCUCCAUUUUCAACAAAUUUAACUGAAAUUCUGAAAUUCCUGUUCAUGCGCCAUUAAGGAUUUGUAACGAAUAUUUCCUACCGUUUACACGCUUUUAUUACUGGUCAUUAUGGUUGCGUUGUACUCGGUAGACACCCGUCUGUGGUUUGAAACUGUCGAAGGGCGCAUAAAUGUGUCCUGAGUAUUGAAUUUUGGAGACAGGUGCCAGUCAGGAUGGCCGAGCGGUCUAAGGCGCUACGUUCAGGUCGUAGUCUACUCUGUAGGCGUGGGUUCGAAUCCCACUCCUGACAAGCUGUUUUUGAAAAUCUUUUGAACAACCCGAGACCACACGGCCAGGUGUGGGAGCCGUCUAACAGGGUAGUUCAUUUGUUCACAGUGAACCUCCUUUGGGCAUACCAUUUUGGAUGAAAGAAAUGUCCUGUAAGAUGGCUGCUGGGCAAGGGCCCCGAUGCUUACAUGAAAAAAAUGGACUUGUAUCGUAUUCGUUAAUUGUCAGAACAAGUGAAAAUGUCGUAUACAUUCUUAAGGAUAUUUGUCCGCCCACGCAUCUUUUGCAAUUGUUAUAAGCCUUGAAAGUGUUUUCCUUACUUCAAAAUCGUCGUCGAAGAAAGCAAAACUUUGAAAUCUGCCGCUGACAGUUGUGCUUGAAGUCAACACCGUGUUUUUACAUUCAGUUGUGGUAAAUUGAUGGACAGAGUUUGCUGGCUCGAAGCACAAAUGCAAAGUCCAUUCUUAAGGUCUGUUAUAUUUUACAUUUUGAUUGUAUUUUUUUUUUUAAAUGUUGUACAAUGAAAAGUUAGGUUGCCUUGAGAUAUACCUUCAUUUAGCGUUUAGAAUUGUUUGAUGUAGAACCAAAUAUUUGGUAUUUGAUAGCAAUGUCAAUACGUCACUACGCCGAAGCACUAUUGCACCGCUGAUGGUGCUAUGAUGAAAGGCCGUAUACCCCGAUUAUGAAUAGUAAGUACCUAUUAACUUGAUCCUUAUUCGUGUUGCCUCGAUGGCUGAGCGGUCUAAGGCCCUACGCUCAGGUGGGCGUGGGCUCGAACCCCACUUUCGACAAAACAUUAAUUUUUAUGUCAUUAGAAAAUUGUUAAUUAAAUGAACUAUCGUCCUGUACUGAUUAUUCAGUUAGAUUAGUUACCAUUUCUGAUAUCUCGCUGUUGCAAUUUUGUAAUUGCGGAAUGUAUUGACAUUAUUGUUACUAAAUUUCUUUAUUUCGAUGGAAUUAACCAACUUCCCCUUUUAUAAAAUGUUGUGACAUCAACAAAUGCCAAUUAUGUAUGGAAUGCAAUCAAAAAACGCUGUGAUUAUUUCUUUGUGGUACUUUUGUAAAAGUUAACUCUAGAACAUCGGAAUUUAGUAUCGAACAUUAGUUUGGGGGUCAUGAUGGUUUUGGUACAGGUUUUGCCUCCAGGCAUUUCUCUUUGAACUCUGUAGAUGAUUAAAAAACAGUGACUGAUACAUUUAAAUUUA